AUGGACCAGUCCAUCCUGACCUUUCCCUUCACCUCGUCCAUGGCCCUGAAGGCUUCAGCUCCAACUGCCGACAUCGGCAAUUAUACUUUUGUGCCCCUUUUUGUUUGUUUCCAACUCUCAUUUCCACCAAAUAACUAUUCCCACCCACCACCUUCACGGACAAAUGCGCAAUACCCGAUCGUCGAGUUCAACGCAGAGUGCCGCACCGGGCCAGUGCUCGGUCUACAGAAGGCAAGGAGACCCCCUGAGGACCCGGCAUCCCGAUUCCUCACGGACAACAACCCGAGGUUCUGCCCGAGUUUACGCUCAGUGGCCUCGCCCGUUCGGAAUGGGCGCCGGACCCUCUGCGGAAACAUGCCGCUACCGCCGGACUCAACCCCGUAA